GAUUUGGAAAUGACGCUUCGUUUCGAUUUCGCCUACAUUUGUUCUUGGCCAUACGGCUUGCUGCGACUAGCUCAGAUCGUAUUCUGCAUAAUCGUUUUGAUCUGUCUCUCUUCGUCUGAGGUUAGUCUUAGCGGAAGUGGCUAUAUUUACGGAGUGAACGUUAUCGCUCUUAUAUCUUCGUUGGUCGCGCUGAUUUUAUACAUUCUGCACCUACCAGAGACAGGCUUUUGGGCCAGGGUGCCCUGGCGCAUAGGAGAAUGCAUCAGUUGUGCCAUAUGGGCGUUGUGUGAGGCCGUUUCGCUUAUAAUUGCCGCCGUUCAUUCGUCGCGCUACAGCAGUGUCAUCGGCAACAUGUCAGCGUGUUACGGAGCGGCUGCGGUAACUCUUUCGAUUGAUGAUUUGCACUCAGUUCUUCUGCGGCUUGGCUUUUCUUGCCUAUGCGAUUUGCGCCUUCCUAUUGUUUCGCGGCUGGAACUUAACGGUUUACACGUCAACUGCUCAGCGUACUGUUACCGUUACAUCCACGACGUCUAG